AUCCUCGUCAAAUCACUUUUGACCUUUGGAACUCAGUGUCAGUGGUGUUCACAAUGAUCAGCAGCCACUGGGGAGAUCUAUUUAAUCUUUAGCCAGAGGCUUGGCUUACAGGAAUCCACCAUAACCAGGCGUGGAGUUUGUCGGACUAAAUGUCACUGUUAUAGCGUAAAUAAUCCACAAGAAAAACAGAAAAAUGUUUUUUCCCUUUUCCUUGAUCCUGGAGAUCCUUCCUACUGAAUCCAAUCCAGUUGACUGCUUUUUUCAAGGCAUCGUAGCUGCAUGCGGAAUAACAGUGCUGUGCAGCCUGAUGAGAGUGUACUACUUCACUGAAAUGUGCAGUGAUUCUCAAACAGAGAGCAAGCAGACGACGCCAUCAUCAAAAAGCCUGCUCAGCACAAAUUGGAGAACAUUUGUCCAUUUCUGGGCUUUGACUGGCUUCCUCUCUUUGGUUGGCCCUCGAGUUUCUUCUCUGAUAGUGCUGGAAUUUUCCCUCCGAGCCGUCUCUGCCUGGAUAUCAGCUCGACUGGAUUCUAGUGGCAGAGGCCUAGGACUGGUCCAAAGCCACUUUUCCCUUGGUUGCGGCAUCACCUGUACUCUCUCCUUUCUCCAUCAGGGAGCGCCACACAGCUCCCUAAGCUUGUUCCUGGCCGCCGCCUUCAGUUGGGCCCUGGCAAGCUUUUGUAACGCUCUGUGGAGUCACGUGGCCCGCCUCUAUCCAUUACACAGUACUGAGCGUUACUGUGGGAGGUGCAUUGUUCUCCUAUCCUCAGGACACAGCCUGCUGGCUUUUCUGCAGAGACUGGUUGUCUUGGUUUUUGCCGUGGCAGUGGUGGCUUCCUUCGCCACAGUUUAUGAGCACUUCCUGUCCCAGAAGGAGGCGCUCAAGUUUUGGACUCCCCUCACACUCUGUUACACAAUGCUGGUGGUCUAUAAUCAAGAGGAUCAAAAACGUCAGACGGGCUCAGAUGCCCUUUUGCACACUGUUGUGCUACGGUUGGGGGCCCUGUUGGUGUUGAUGCUGACAAUGGGAGACUGGUCUGACGUCUUCCACGUCCUUGUCACUUUCCUGGGAGAAGGUGUCUGCCUCCUGUUCUCUCAAGACCUGCUGCAGCUUGCAAUAAAGGAAGAAGAGGACACCAACAUGACCAAUAAUGGCCAAAACUCCAGUUACAGAAAAAGGGAACGCAUAAGUAAAACAUCAUCAAAAAACAGAUAAUUACCUCCAAUACAAGUUAUGUUUGGUAUAAAUUAAAAAACUUGUGACCACAUUA